GAAAACACUGAAUAUUUUAGUGCAGUCGAAUUAGUACGUAUAUCAUAACAGUUAACAUGACAAAUAUUAAAAUAAUUCUCUUGCUUAGUCUGGCAGCAUACGUGGCGUGUGGUGGAGGUGAUAAUCCGCCAUUUAAAGGUACUACAUGGGAUGAUGUUAACAACGAGUACGGUAAACCAAGUGAACCAAUUAAACAGCGUGAACCAUUUGAACCGAGUGACCCAAUUGAAUCGAGUGAACAAGUUGAACCGAGUGAACCAAUUGAACCUAGUAAACCAUUUGAACCGAGUGACACAAUUGAAUCGAGUGAACCAAUUGAACCUAGUGAACCAAUUGAACCGAGUGAACCAAACGAAACAGAUACUCCAAUAUUAAGCCAUUAUGAAGUUUACGAUCCAAAUUUUGAUUACAGAGCGAAUUUUGAUUACAGUGGUUGUCUUAGUAUUCAGGGUAAUGGAGGUACGGUGACUCUUAAUUCCGGUGGUAACAGAGAAAGUAUAAAUGCUAUCUCAGGUUUUGUACACGUGCGGUUUAGAGACGAUGCACUUUUUAUCAAUGGCAUAAAAGUCCCAGAAGUUCAAGCAAACGAUGUACGGCUGAUACAAUGGGCUGGAGGUUCACUUAGUAUCAACGGGAUGAAAAUUGAAAGAUUCAACGGAAUGCGAGGAUACGGAACCAUGCAUAUUUCAUGAAACAAUUAAUUUGAUGUAUCUGAAUUCAAAAUUAGUAAACUGAUUAUAUCGCAAUUUAAAAUAAGAAAAUAAAAGAAUAAAUUCAAAUACCGUA